AUGGGGUCCAGCCCCAGGGACUCCGAUGCGGAGAUGGAAGCCAUGGAGGAGUUUACUGAUCCAGCCGACAGCCCAAGGGGCCCGCUCUUGGACACCACGGCCAAGGACGUCGCCGCAGGAAAGGACAUCCAGGGGAUACCCUGGGACAGGCUGAACUUCACGCGGGAGGAGUACCGCAGCAACCGGCUGAAGGAGUUCAGGAACUACACCAAUGUGCUCAACAACGAGGGGCAGGAAUACGCGGACUACCUCGCCUCCCUGGAGCUGGAGUGCAAGGCCCCCAAGAAGCAGUCAGUGUUCUUCGAGUUCCUGCGCAACUCCCACAACGUGGUGUCCUCCAUAACGCACUUCCAGCUCAGGAACCUGCUCUGGGCGACCUCCAAGCACGACGUGUUCCUGAUGGCGGACAACUGCGUGAACCACUGGGACCUGUUGUCUAUCAAGUCCCCCGGCUAUGAGCCCACCCAAGUGAUGAACCUCAGGGGGGGGAUCGUGUCCAGCAGGGCUUCCAGGCUUGGCCUCGUGAACAUCAGCACCAUAUGGGCGGGGAAUGGGCUGGUUGUUGCAGGGGGCUUCAAUGGCCAGAUCGCCGUUCAGAGGCUGUGCGACAGUGGGCUUGCGUAUGAGGGAUACAUUACCCAGAGUGACAACUCCAUCACAAACGCGAUAGAGGUCUUUCACGAGGGUGGCGAGGGCACGGAGCCCAAGGUGCUUUCGUCGAACAAUGACAGCUCAGUGCGGGUGUUGAACAUGGAGACGUGGGAUGUGGAGGCCCACUUCCCCUUCGAGUGGGCAGUGAACUAUGCGACCAUGUGCCCUCAGGACAAGAAGCUGGUGGGCGUCGUGGGGGAUGACCCCGAGGGUUACAUCAUGGACAGAACAUCUGGCGCCCGAGUCGCUAAGCUCACAGGCCACAGGGAUUACUCAUUUGCUGCUGCUUGGAUGCCGAAUUCCAUGGUGCUUGCCACUGGGAACCAGGACUUGACGACGAGGCUGUGGGACAUGAGGAAACCGGAGGAGCCGAUGUUGGUUCUGCGUGGGAAGAUGGGCGCCAUUCGAUCGGUGCGAUUCUCGUCUGAUGGGAGGUACCUGGCCAUGGCAGAGCCCGCAGAUUUUGUACACGUGUUUGAUGUGACCAAAGGCUACCAGGAGUGUCAGGAGAUUGACCUUUUUGGGGAAAUCUCUGGGAUUUCUUUCACACCCGAUGCUGACAUGUUGUUCGUUGGGAUUGUGGACGAGACAUAUGGGAGCAUGGUCCAGUACAGAAGAAAGGCAGCCAUUGAUGCUGCUUGGUAG